GUCACGUCUGGUCAUGCAGGUCGUGUGUAUGGUCACAUCCGUAUUCCUCGUAAACUACCCUUAAUGCCUCAGGCAUUAGGACUAACUGUCUCCAAUCACCUUCCUAUCCGAGGCAUGCUUGCUUGGUUGCUUCAUCUCCUCAUUCUCAUACUAGCACUGGUGCCCACCUCAACACCUUCUCUCUGUCCACAGCCAUUGACUGCAAAAGCUAUCCAAUCUCUACUUCCUAUCUCGCACAAACAUCUCCUGCUUCUCUUCGUACAAUACACCCUUCCUCCACAAACAUCUUCCACCACAAAUCACCCAGACCAGGGUAUCUACCUCUCAGACUAACCCCCGUGACGUCACCGUACGCAUACCGAGGGCGCAACUCCAGAACAGCUGAGAACCAUAACCAUAAUAACCACAACCUGCAGCGCCCUUCCAGGCCCCUCUCAUUCCAUCUCAUCCUUAUAAUUCAUU